AUGAGAAGCAAAUACAUAUAUGUAAUAAUCUGUUACAACACAUUAACUACAAUAUGCGGGAAUAUACAGCACCAUCCAUGCAGCUUUUUUCCAAGAUGUAGAUGCAGCUUAGAACAUCACAAAAACUUUGUGAAUGUCGACUGCUCACAUUUAAAGCUAAAAAAUAUCCCAACCGUUCCUAGUUAUGUUAUAAAGUUGAUUCUUAAACAUAACAUCAUUGAUGAAAUACCAAAUGGUGUCUUUUCUAACAAUACAAUCCUUACAGAAUUAGACUUGUCUCAUAACAGAAUUCAUAGACUAACAGAAAUGUCGUUCAACGGUCUUCAGAAUUUGCUAAAAUUAAGCUUACAAAGCAAUGAUCUGUCAAAAGGAAAUAAUUCGUUCGGUGCCAAAACGUUUUCACAAUUAAAGAAUUUGAAGUAUUUAAACUUAAAAAACAAUUUCGUCGAAAACUAUCAACCGGACAUUUCGAAAUUGGUUUCAAUUGAAAGUUUACAUAUUGACUUCAUAUCAAAUGGAAUUCCCUUCCUGAGCAAACAAUAUAGCAAACUACAUAAACUUGCAGUGCUCGAUCUUUCAGGGUCAACUGGAAAAUGUUCACUGCCAAUUUUGAAAAACGAUUCCUUCCAGUUUAUUUCCCAAGUUCACUACUUAGACAUAUCAACCUGCAAGAUUCAACAAAUUCAUCAAGAAGCAUUGAAGAUUUUGAAAAAUAUAAAUUAUCUCGACGUGUCGAAUAACACGUGUAUUAAAUUUGAAGGACUGAAAAAUAUAACAAGUGAUUUACAAUUUUCAAACAUUAGAAUAUUAAAGGUUAACAAUCUUCACAAAAUUUCUGAUUUAACCACAGUAUUGAAAGCGUCUCAUAUUAAGGGUUUACAUAACACGUCGCUUCAAUAUGCGUUUGCCGAUGGAAAUCGUUUACAAACUAUAGAGAAAACCGCAUUGACUUAUUUUCCAAAAUCUUUGAAGUUUGUGUCCCUUAGAGGAAAUCCUUUGAAGUUUGGAUCGUAUAUAUUCAAUGUAUUUUUGCUUAUCAAUUUAGAAACUGCAGACGUUUCAGAUCUGUUUCGUCAUAAAACGGACCUUCAUCCCGAAAACUGUAUUGCUGAUUCAAUAUGCACAUGCAAAGAAGACUCUGCUAUCAAACCUAGUUAUAUGGAUCGAAGUGGGAUCACCUCCCGUUAUGCCAUAGACGAGUUCAAUAAAGGGGAUAUUCCAGAUUUAUUUAGUCCUGCUGUGAUACCGAUUCCAAAUAAUUUAAAACAUAUAAAUUACAGCUCAGCCAGUCUAAGAAUGGAUGUACCAACAUUAAAGCUUUCAACUAAUAAGCUGGAAACUGUUGAUUUUAGUAAUAACAUAUUAUAUUCAUUGAAUGGCCCUAUCUAUAAUGUAGAUAGUCUACAAAUUCUAAAUGUGUCUACUAAUUUCUGCAGCAAUAUUUCAAAAUCCUUCUUUAGUUCUGAUUUUAAAAACUUAGAGCAUUUAAACUUUCAUAAUAAUUUACUUGGUAUUGUUCUUCCUGAUGACAUCGAUGGUGAAAUUUUUCAUAAUUUGGAAUCACUUAUUGAGCUCGUGCUAUCUAAUAAUAGAAUUCCAAAUCUACCAGAGAAUAUAUUCAAAUCACAAAGAAAUCUGCAAAAACUUGAUUUAAGUGAAAAUAUUUUUACAAGUAUAACUUUUCGUGUUUCACACAUGAUGCAUUUAAAGGAAUUAGAUUUGAGUGGAAACAGAAUAACAAUCAUCAGUGACCCUAUUACAUUCCAAUGGGAAUCUUUAGCCAGAAAACACAACUUUUCAGUGGAUUUGACUGAUAAUAUGAUGGAGUGUAAUUGUAUAUCAAUUAAGUUUAUUGAAUGGAUGACAACAACCAAUGUCCGUCUCAAGAAUAUAAAAAAGUAUAAGUGCAUGUUAUGGAAUCGAACAAUCACUGCUCUUCACAAUCUAAAGGAAACUUACGAUAUAUUAAAAAAACAUUGUUCAUCAUAUGAACCAUUGGAAAUAGCCUUAGUUUCUGGAAUUUUACUUUUAAUUAUAUUUAUUGUAGUAGCAGUCUUUUACAGAUACCGGUGGAAGCUUCGUUACUUAUAUUACAUCGUGAAAGUAAAGUACAGCAGCUUACAUUCGGAAACCGAGGAAGAAUAUUCUUACAUGUAUGGCGCAUUUGUAUCUUAUGCAGAUGAAGAUCGAAUGUUUGUUCACAAUACGCUUCUACAAAAACUGGAAGUUCAAAACGGAAUUCAAUUAUGCUUACACAAGAGAAAUUUCCUGCCCGGAAAUGACAUUGCUACUAAUAUCACAUCCGCAAUUCAUAACAGUCGCAGAACUCUAGUAAUAGUGUCUCAUAACUUUUUAAAAUCAUACUGGUGCAUGUUCGAAUAUAACAUGGCACGGAUGGAAAGCAUAUACGAACGAAGAAACGAAAACGUGCUUUUCUUAAUGUUUUAUGAACAAAUGUCUUCAUGUGAUCUUCCGCUGAAUGUGCUUGAAAUGAUUCAAUCCAAGUCUUAUAUAGAAUAUCCAAAUGAUGAAUAUGGAGAUACAGUUUUUUGGGACCAGUUGGUGAAUGCCUUGAAAUAA